UCCAGUGGUAUACCAAUGUUCAUCCACCACCGCGCCGGAUCCCAACGACCCAGAAGAGUUACUUUACCGCGAGUUAUCUCCCGAGGCGUACGCCGGGCUGCCUUGCCACGAGCCUGGCGACUCUGCGCAGACCUUCCGCCGGCAAUAUGAAACGAGGAAUCUUGAUGAGAGCUAUUUCCUGAAGCACGAAGACGAGGAGUUCUUGAUGAAGCACUCGCCUCCGGCUCAGAAGAGCCACGGGAAGGUCGUCGACACCGACCCGUACGAGACGAACCAGACCAUCAAGUCUCUGUCCACCAUGAACCCGGACUCGAUCACUAUAGCCCAUCUGUGCUAUGCCAUAUCGUAUAUGUGGAGACGAGCGAGCAAAGGUCUCCACAGAUAUUUCAGACUGCGAGACACAUACGUUAAUCACAUGCCCUUUGAAAUCGGCUACAUAACGCAAACAAUCAUGGCGAAAUACCAAAAUGUUCUAGAGUUGUACCAAUUGGUGAUGAGGCUGGAACCACAGAAAAAAAUGGGCAGACCGCACCUUUUCUUCUUUUAUAAGAAUAUUCUAGAAGAUUGUCGAACCAUUAUACACCUCAGCAAUAUGAUACACGAGGUAACUCGAAAAUACCGGCUAUUGCAAUACAGUAAUAGAGAGCCAAAAAGUGAGUGGCUUCUGGUGCCUUACGACCCGUCAGCAAAGUUCCAGGAACCUGCCGGGAUAGAUUACCCGAGCACAUACAAACCAGAGAUGAACUUAGACACUCGUCCCACUAGAGCUCUCGAGAGGGGCAUUGAAGGGAUGGACCACCAAAAGGUUCAUCAUGGAGACGCGAAGAUAUUAGACCGCAUGAAUUACGUCAACUCUCUAGUGGAGAAGGCAAAGAAAAGAGAGUAUGAGGCUGUCAAAAAGCAGAAGAACUACUUUUUGGACCACGGCGUGUUUUCCUUAACUAACAGCCCCCCCACUCGGAGGACCAAACGCUGGCGAUCCAACGAACCCAAUAUAUAUGGAUGGGAGCCAAUAAGGCUGUACUGAGUAAAUAUGUUAAAUACAUAUAAAUGUUGUUUUAUUUACAGAUUUAUUAGCCCGGUCCACACAGGGCGAGGCAUGUCGCGAGGCUAGCGUGCUAUGUAUAGACGUGCCUCGGC